AUGGCUAAUCCGUUCCGCUGGUGCCUCGUAUCGCAAAACUGUAUGCUGCAGAUUAACGUGGUCCUGGUGGUGGUGGGGCUGAUCAUCCUGCUAGACGUGUUCGGCCACCUCUAUGUAAAGUCGGUAAUGUUUCCUGGUCUGCACGUCUACCCAGUGGCCAUGCGCAAGUGGCUCUUCUGGGUGCGCCUUAUGACAAUCGUUUCCUACGUUCUGACCGCAAUCCUGGGAAUUCGAAUGACCCGGCAACCGACCGUCUUUAAGUUCGCUGGCUACAUGUUGGUUGGCUGCGUGGUGUUGCUGUACACAUUUACCAUCGCGGUGACGCGCUUCAUGUAUCGUCGCAGGUUCGAAUUCUUCUUCCAGUUAAUGGUCAGCCAGAUGUGGAUAAAAAAUUGUCUGGGUAAGAUCGAGGUGGAGCUCGGAUGUUGCGGUAGGACCAGCGCGGCCGACUACCAGAAGUGCUCGACCAACCGCACCUGGGCCAGUGGCUCCUGUUGCGGGGAGCACAAUUGUCCAGGAUGCACAUCGAAGCUUACCGAGUACUUGUGGACUAUUGUCGCGUGCAGUUUUAAGAGGACUUUUACAAUUCAUACGACUCUGAGGAGACCUCUUGAAUGCGCAGAAGCGACACGACAAAGCGAACAGGCUCAUCUUGCCGUGACAGCGAAUAGGACUUAG